AUGAAUUUCUCCUUCGGGACACCUACCACGACAACCGCUUCGACGGGAGGGUUUUCUCUCGGAGCCGCAGCUACCAGCACCGCGACGACAGGGUUUUCAUUCGGUACUACACCAACUUUCGGCGCUACCGGCACUGCCGCACCAACUCUGAAUCCUUCGACCGCUACAACAAUACCUGCUGCUGGUGCCGGCGGCGGAUUAGCUUCAUUAUCGUUUGGUGCAGCACUUGGUGCUGGCGGUGGAGGUGUUGCAGCUGCAUCCCCAGCUGUAGGCGCCCAACAACCUACAGGAGCCGCCACGCUUCCAACGUUUGGUUCGUUGGGAGCGAGUGCAUCGACAACUACGGCAUCGCUGGCUCCGCUUAACGCCAGCCAACCCGCCGCAACAGCGCCAGCCGGAAAUCCACUUGGCGGAUCGCUCACCACGCCGGUCACAACAGCUGCUACGGCUCCGUUAACUCUUGGUGGAUUUGGAUUAGCGAAGCAACCGGAAGGCACCACCACAACGGCGACACCUGCCGCUACUACCAGUAGCAUCGUGCCGACCACUAGUGCAAGCUCCGGGUUAGCUAGUCUCUCAACAAAUACACAGACUACGCAAUCGGCCACCAUCGCCGGCAACAUGCAGUUGAAAUUUUUCCAGCUGGAAGAAUUUAUUAACAAGUGGACGCUAGAGCUGGAGGAACAGGAGAAAUUGUUCACGAACCAGGCAACGCAGGUCAACGCCUGGGACAACAUGCUUCUAGCGAACGGGGAGAAAAUUGUCGCCCUCAACGAAGCCGUCAUGAAGGUGAAGGCUGAACAAAACGCCAUGGAGCAGGAACUGGAGUUCAUCACCGCGCAGCACACCGAGCUAGAAGAAUGCAUAGUGCCGCUCGAGCAGGAGCUCUCACGAAUUGGGCAAAUUGAUCUCGAGCGUGGCCAGACGUAUUCGAUGGCGGAAACGCUAGAUUCGCAGCUGAAGCAGAUGUACGAGGAUCUGAAGGAGGUGAUCGAACACUUGAACGAUGCGAACAAGUACACUGACCCGAACGAUCCGCUUGUGCAAAUCGGAAAGAUUUUAAACGCACACAUGAACUCGCUGCAGUGGAUCGAAUCGUCUACCACGGUCAUCACGAAUAGGCUCGAGGAAAUCAACAAAAUGCAUGAAACACUUCGGAAAGAUAAUGAGCGCUCAUUCCGUCUAACGUAUUACGAUCAGUGAGUUGGUGCCGCU